AUGGUGCCAGAAACCCGUAGAACUCGCGACUUGAUCUUUGUCAUCGGUGCUCCCGGAGCGGGAAAGGGUACCCUCUGCAAAAUGCUGGCGGAAGCCAACAACGUCGACCACCUCUCCCUCGGAGACCUUUUACGGCAAACCGUGUCAUCACCCAACGCAGACCAAUUAAUCGCCGGGUGCAUCCACCGUGGAGAGCUCCUACCAACACAUAUACUCCACGAACUUUUGUAUCACCGCGUGGCCCAACCUGUAUCCUCUACCGCUGGUCGACCCCUCCUGCUGGACGGUUUUCCCCGGCGGUUGGACCAGGCUAGAGAAUUUGAAGCAUUUGGACCCCCAAAGCUCAUUCUCUUCUUUGACUGUCCCGAAGAUCUCGCGAGAGAAAGGGUUAUCACGAGAAAAUUAGGUCGGUUUGGCGACACAGUCGAGAUAUUCGACAAGCGGUAUUCCGAGUUUCGCGAGUCAAACCCGCCAAUCUUGAGCCAUUACGCAAGACCCGAGGGCAGACUAAUCACAAUCGACACCAGUGGCGCAACAGAAGAAUCAUAUCAGAAGCUGCAGGCUGCUCUGGGUAGCAGUGAGGAAUGGGCAGCUCUGACUUCCGAAGCCCCAAAGUUCCCCGUCGAAUGGUUAUGA